UCCCGUCGUCGUCGAUCUAGCUGGAACUUUUGAUCGCGCGCAACUCUAGAACAACUAAUCCGGUAUAGGAAUCGUCGACAUCCACUGCAUCUAAUCGAUUGUUAAACGCCUAUUUAAACCGAGGUGGGGUGCAUUGAUGUCCGGAAAGAUGCUGCCGCUUCGAUACCGUUCGGGUGCGCUAGUGUUUCAACGGCAUCCGUAUCAGCUGUACUAACGCUUGGCAACGGAACUAAUUUCGCGCGAAUCGUGGCUCAUCCUCCGGUCUUGCAGUCAGAUUGAAAACUAUGGAACAGUGGGGAAAGAUCGCAAUUGUGUUAACCUUGUUUGGCUUUCUUAAGGACUUUCGGCCAAGUGAUCCAUUUGUGGUGCAAUUUUUGAACGGUUCGUGGCACAAUAUCUCCGCCGAGCAGAUUAACCAGCAGGUGUUUCCGGUGGGGACUUAUUCGUACGGGAUUCAGUUGGUGAUAACGUUUUUGAUUACGGACUACUUUCGGUACAAGCCUUUGAUUAUCCUGUCUGGGGUGGCCGGGAUCGGCUACUGGGCAUUGUUCGUUGGAACGAAAUCCUUAGUGUGGCUACAGGUAGCCGAAGUGUUCUAUGGGACUUACAAAUCAGCGGAUGUUGCGUUUUGGUCCUACAUAUAUGCGCGAGUGGAUAAAAGCUGCUAUCAAAAGAUUACAUCCUACACAAAGUCGGCGUCCCAGUUGGGGAAGUUUGCUGGCGCUGUUGGAGCACAGAUCCUGUUGUUCUAUGGAUUGGUGGAUUACCUGGAUCUGAACUACGUCUCACUAGCAGUUCAACUAUGCACAACCAGCAUCGCCGUGUUUCUACCGUCAGCACCGAAAAGUAUCUAUUUCAACCGAUCUGCCACUUCGAUCCCAUCGGAGAAGUAUCACGCACGAAACGAUUCAUCGUCCCCACCCACAGUCGGCGAUGAAGCGAUAGCGAAGUUAUCUGCUAUGGAACUGCUAUGGUUUCACGCAAAAUCAGCCUACAGUAAUUUCACCGUGUUGCGGUUCAGCAUUUGGUAUGCCGUGGCCAGUUGCAUAUACUAUCAGACGGUCCUAUACGUGCAGGUCCUGUGGAAGACCAUUAGUGGCACAGCGACUACGAAGGUGGUGCACUGGAAUGGAGCCGUGGAAGCGGUGUUGACCAUUUCCAGUGCAGUCAUCACUUUCAGCGCUGGGUUCGUUCCGGCCAAGAUGCUGCACGUGCCAUAUGCGCUGGCGGGACUCAGCUGCAUUUCGUUCAUGCAGGGGGGUAUUCUGUUGAUUUCCGGUCUAACGGGAAACUUGUGGGUGGCAUAUGGGGCGCAUAUAUGUUAUAGUAUACUGCACGCUUUUACAAUUACACUAUUGUGUUCAGAGAUUGCCGGGAACAUUUGUCGGGACAGUUUUGGACUGGUGUUCGGGAUCAAUGCCAUGAUCGGUUCGGUACUGCAGUGUCUACUGACGGUGGUUAUGGUGAACUGUUCUACAAUCAAGGGACAGUUUGUGGUUUAUGCGGGUGUUAGUGGUGGGAUGGGAGUACUGUUCAGUGUAUUGCUUAUGGUGGAGCUAAGGAAAUGGUGGAAGAUUGUAUUCUAUAUGGUCAAGGCAAGAUUAAGUCCUCGGAAGAAGGUGGUAUUGGAUGGCAACAAAAAUCAUCAACUUGCUUAGCUAUGAAUCAUGAACAAUGUGAUCCAGUAGUGUGAUUAUUCAGCAACAAGACUCAUCAUAGGUUAGGCUGAACAUCUUAACUAGAUAUUAUUAUAGAAUAUUAAAUAUUUCUUUAAAUUUAUAUUUCAUAGAAUUCUAA